AUGAAGACAGACCUUGCUAUUCGCGCUCAGGUGGUAAGCCUUAAAGCUUUUACCGAGCUUACUUCUUCUGAAAUUGCUACUAUGACUGGUUUAUCAAAGUCUAGUGUUAAUUCAAUCUAUGCGCGUGCGAAAGAACGUGGCUUUGAUCAUAAUCUUGAUUGCGCUAUCUAUGAUCGCUAUGUUGAAGAUGCUCCACGAUCUGGCCGUCCACAGAAGCAGGAAGCGAGAAGCGAUUGA